UGAAAAUUAAUAAACAAAAACAAGUGUUUAGUUUCCAGAAAAAAAAUUAAUUCUCUUCCAAAUUGAUCAGUUCUAAUCCCGUAAUAAUUGUGAAGAUCUUUGACGUGAACCGUAAUUUUGUAAUGUGUGUAAAUGUUUCAAUUUUAGCACUAACAUAUAAAAUUUUCAACUAACUUGAAAUGGAAACCUAAAAGGAUGGAACAGUUCUCACAUGAUCUAACGAUUGCUUUGGAAGAGACAUCUCGCUGUGGUGAAACUAAAAACCGCUGGGGAAUGCGAAGAAGGACGCGGUCAACUGGAAAUUUACCCUGUGCACCUCAGCCUACUGAAGAUAGUUCCAGCAGCCCAGCUGACCAGUUGGAAAUAAAUACGAGUCAAAAUUCUCCACAAUUAAGUGGGGCUAACAAUCAUAUACAGAGCGAUUCCGAUGAUCGACAUACCCUGGCAUUUGCAUUCCGGUCGCGACAAACGACUGGAAACUUUGAGUCUGAUUCAUUCAAUGAAAAUUUCAGUCCAGCAAGACCCAACAUGAGACGAAAACGCAAGUUUAAAAGAAUGGCAGUAGGAUACGAACCAUCACUUACAUCAACCUCUGUAGCAAAUAGUUCAAUUUUUCCAGUCAUCGUGAAGAAGCGAGCGUUCAAUCAUGAAAACUUGCGAGGCAACAUAUUUUUCUGCGGAAAAAGAAAACGAAGCCAUCGUGAUCGAUAUUUUGAUUAUGAAUCAUACAAACAGCAUUCUAGCAGUUUACCUCGACAACGAGAUUUGUUUGCUCCGAAAUCUUCUUCAUACCUUGAGGGCAAAGGUCGCAACAGAGCAUCAUCCUUUUCUUCUGGUGUUACGUUGAACAGAAGCAUUAUUUCUAAAAUUGAGAAAAUGUCUCAAACAUCGGAACGAAACCUUAAACUGUGUUUCCAGUUUUCCACACCGUCUAGUAAAAAAGUAGACGUGAUGGACGCGUCGGUGAUUGAACUACACAGUAACAAAGUAGAUUCAAUGUGCUGUUCUGACGAGAACGAAAUUAGUUCUAAACACAUGCCAGUGUUUCCUUCAAAUAUGCAAGCAUUAUCUCUCCAAACGGACGACUCAUCAACUUCUCAAACGACUAUACUUCCAACCACACAAAAGACAAAUAGCUUCGAACCUGGCAGCGACAUACAGACGCGUCGCAUGAAAAGCAAACGUGCCUCAAAAUCACAUAAAGUGAAACACAGUCAGAAGCAGGAAAUGAUGCAACUACAAUUCGACGACCGUAUGAGUUGCAAUAUGAACGAUUUGUUAAGCUCAAGUUCCUUAAGUUCGAGUGAUUCAGAAGCCGUCAACACCAAUGAAUCCGACCAUGAAGGUGAUGAUGAACUUACCGAUUGGCCUGGAAACGAAGGGAUGGUAAAUUUUACCUCAAAGAAUGAUUUCAAAAGGGCCAAUAAGGCACGCGUUAUGAAACCUUCGCUUCCUCAAAUUAAACAACAAGACGACAUUCAGGAUGAUGAUACCUUGAUGUCUACCGAUGAUAACGUUUUUCGUAAAUUAGCAGGUUACGAGACUAACGACAUGGGUGCACCAUCACACAACCAUGGUAACGUGAAAUAUUCACCAGGUUCAUCAGAAGACCUUCCAUUGGAUCAACAAAACUCAAUGAUUAUAUCCAGCGGGUACAAUCAGACCAGUCGGUUUGAGUCCACCGCUGAAAUGUCCAACAACUACUUCUCUUCACAAGAUAUUUAUUCCGACAUCCGAGAGAUAAGAGCAGGAUGCCGGCGAAUACGGGAUGAGCGACCAGGAUUUUCCAUUAUUUCCAGUGCAAACGAACUCCUAGCAAGAUUCCUUCAAAAUGAUCAGCAACAAGUUCUCACCCUAUUUGACAUCAAUGCAACAGAACACGAUAAUUUGUAUGGUUUGUCAAAACUAUAUUCAUUGACAAUGCAGGUAGACAAUGGAUGUGUUGUAUUGAGCAAAACGAGUAACACGAUGCAGUCGGUAAGAGUGGACCAUACUAAUUUGCCUAAAAGCAUUGGCGAUUUCAAACGCCGUUGCUACGGGGAUACAGAGGAACUUCAUUUUUCUAACCUACCUGAAUAGGUCUAUUAUAUAUUUCUCAGUAAAUUAUAUCUUAUUUGAGUGCGUCUGACAAAAUUGGACAUUGUUAAUA